GUGGUCGUUGCUGACAUAAGCAAAGUUGAGUCUGUUUUUAGCUGCGCUGCAGUAAGGUUCUGAAAAAUUCCUGCUCCAACGAUUUAAAGUGGAAUAGAAAUUUUUGCAUCGAAGCUGUGUCAACUUCAACAGAAAUCAAAACUAAUAAAAAUUGUUUUUCAAGUGUCGAAGCAAUAAAGUAAAGAAAUAUCUUUGCAAAUAUUUGAUUCAAAACACCAAGAUAGAGACUAUUACAUUCCGCCAAGAAUAAGGACCAACAACAAUAGUGACGAUGAAUAACAAUAUAAAGGAAUUCUCCAGCAUAGAGGAUCAGUUUAUUACACCAGUUUUAGAUGAAUCGCCCAUACAGAAAUUUUAUAAGGAUAAAGGUGUUUUCCUAACCGGUGGCACCGGUUUCUUUGGAAAAAUCAUAAUCGAUAAAUUGCUGCGCGUCACUGAAGUGGGCCAAAUCUAUUUGCUUAUACGCACUAAAAAGGGUAAAGAUGCCCAUUCUCGCAUCGAUGAUCUAUUCAAUGAUCCUGUGUUUGAGAAAUUGAAAAAAUGCAAUCCCAAGUAUCGGCAGAAAAUCACCAUCAUCAGCGGUGAUUGCUCGCUACCCGCGUUGGGCAUCACGCAAACCGAACGUGAGCUAAUCAAGGAGAAUGUGAACAUUGUCAUCCAUGGGGCGGCGACGGUGCGUUUCGAUGAGAAAUUGAAAAUGGCCAUUGCCAUAAAUGUGAAUGGUACAAAGGAGAUAUUGCAGUUGGCCAAAGAGAUUGUCCACUUGAAGGCAUUCGUCCACGUCUCGACCGCCUUUGCCCACUGCAAUCUUCGUUAUAUACAGGAGCGUUUCUAUCACAGCACUAUUACCGGUGAGAAUGCCUGCAAACUGGGCGAAUGUCUCGAUGAGCACACGCUCAACGAGCUAGCGCCAACCAUAAUCAAAGGAUAUCCGAACACGUACACAUACACAAAGGUGCUCGCCGAGGACAUUGUACAAAACUAUGCGGAGAAAUUGCCAGUGACGAUAUUUCGACCAGGCAUUGUUAUCACCACCUACAAGGAACCCAUCUCUGGUUGGAUCGAUAACAUGUAUGGCCCUUGUGGCAUAAUUGUUGGCAUCGGUUCCGGUGUUUUGCGCGUCUUCAGCGGGAAGGUCGACAACAAAGCCAAUAUAGUGCCAGUGGAUUUGUCGGUGAAUGCGUUGCUGGCCAGUGCUUGGGAUAUAGCGCGCAAUACCUAUGAUACACCACCCAUCUACAACUAUGUGCCAGAUGCCGACAACAUGGUCACCUGGAAGGAGUAUAUGGAAUAUGGCUUCGAAUAUGGCUGCAAUAUACCGAUGCGCAAGUCAAUUUGGUAUCCACGUUUCACAAUUGUUCCCUGGCGCUGGCAAUUUGUGAUUUUGUCCUUUUUAUAUCACACAGUGCCAGCCAUGUUCAUGGAUCUGUCCAUGAUUGUCGUGGGCAAGAAGCCUAGAAUGUUGAAAAUAUAUCGGAAAAUACAUAAAUUCUGUUCUGUGAUGGAAUACUUCAGUUCAAAUGAUUUCAAGUUCGAUAAUGAUAAUGUGCGUGCGUUGUCGGAGAAACUCGAAGGUGCAGAUAAACAGAUAUUUGGCUUUGAUAUGCGUCAUCUCGAUUGGAAGGAAUUGUUCCGGGUCAGCUUAGUGGGAUUACGACUUUAUGUCGUGAAGGAUGACCCCAGAAGUGUGCCAGAGUCGAUAAAGCGUCAUGAGCG